UUGAGCGUCACGUGGUCAUUUCGCGCGAAAAGCGACUCCGGGCAGGAAGAAGAGGUUUCUCUACAAGCAGCAGACAGAGACAGACACGGAACAAUGGCGGAUUCCUCCGAGUCAUACCACAUGGCCACCAGCCCCACCCGAGCGUCCAGGAGGGGAGACCUGACCUCCAGCCCCGGACGAGACCUGCCCCCCUUCGAGGAUGAGUCCGAGGGACUGCUGGGGGACACAACAGUGCACGGAGAGGAGGAGGAAGAUGGGGACGGAGAGGAGCUGAUCGGAGACGGGAUGGAGAGAGAUUACCGAGCCAUCCCGGCGCUGGAUCGUUACGAGGCGGAGGGUUUGGACCUGGACGAUGAGGAUCUGUCAGAGCUGUCACCUGGAGCUCGGGCUGCCGCUGAAGAGGCCAUGAGGAGGAGGGACAGGGAGCAGGGCAUCAGUGGGCGGCUGAGGAGAGGGCUGCUCUACGAUAGUGAAGAUGAGGACGAAGAGCGUCCUGCAGCUCGGCGAAGGCGACUGGCUGAGCGUGCAGCAGAGGGCAUUGCAGAUGGAGAGGAAGAGGAAAUGAUCGAGAGCAUCGAGAACUUGGAGGACAUGAAGGGCCACACUGUGAGGGAGUGGGUGUCCAUGGCGGCUCCCAGGUUGGAGAUCUACAACCGCUUCAAGAACUUCCUGCGGACUCACGUGGACGAAAACGGCCACAACGUCUUCAAGGAGAAGAUCAGCGACAUGUGCAAAGAGAAUAAGGAGAGUCUGGUUGUGAACUAUGAGGACCUCGCAGCCAGAGAGCACGUCUUGGCCUACUUCCUGCCAGAGGCUCCAACUGAGAUGUUGAAGGUCUUUGAUGAAGCAGCGAAAGAGGUGGUGCUGGCCAUGUACCCGAAAUACGACCGCAUUGCCCACGAGAUCCACGUCCGCAUCAGCAACCUGCCGUUAGUGGAGGAGAUCCGCUCGCUCAGGCAGCUCCACUUGAACCAGCUGAUCAGGACCAGCGGCGUGGUGAGCAGCUGUACCGGCGUCCUCCCUCAGCUCGGCAUGGUCAAGUACAACUGUAACAAGUGUAACUUCGUGCUGGGGCCCUUCUUCCAGUCCCAGAACCAGGAGGUGAAGCCGGGCUCCUGUCCCGAGUGUCAGUCCCAGGGGCCCUUCGAGAUCAACAUGGAGGAGACAGUGUACCAGAACUACCAGAGAAUCACCAUCCAGGAGAGCCCUGGUAAAGUAGCCGCCGGCCGUCUACCACGCUCCAAAGAUGCCAUCCUGCUGGCCGACCUGGUGGACAACUGCAAGCCUGGAGACGAGAUUGAGCUGACAGGCAUCUACCACAACAACUAUGACGGCUCUCUGAACAUGGCGAACGGCUUCCCCGUGUUUGCCACGGUGAUCUUAGCCAACCACAUCACCCGCAGAGAUGAGGGAGUCGCUAUGGCUGAGCUGACUGACGAAGACGUCAAGGCCAUCGUCGCCCUGUCCAAGGACGAACGCAUCGGAGAGAGGAUCUUUGCCAGCAUGGCGCCAUCCAUCUACGGUCACGAGGACAUUAAGCGAGGCCUGGCCCUGUCGCUGUUUGGAGGAGAGCCCAAAAAUCCAGGUGGGAAACACAAAGUGCGAGGAGACAUCAACGUGCUGCUCUGUGGAGACCCGGGAACCGCCAAGUCCCAGUUCCUCAAGUACGUGGAGAAGGUGGCGAGUCGUGCUGUGUUCAGCACAGGUCAGGGAGCCUCGGCCGUUGGUCUGACUGCUUACGUCCAGAGACACCCAGUCAGCCGCGAGUGGACGCUGGAGGCCGGAGCGCUGGUGCUGGCUGACCGUGGCGUCUGUCUGAUCGAUGAGUUCGACAAGAUGAACGAUGCAGACAGGACGAGUAUCCACGAGGCCAUGGAGCAGCAGAGCAUCUCCAUCUCCAAAGCCGGCAUCGUCACCUCACUGCAGGCCAGAUGCACCGUCAUCGCUGCCUCCAACCCCAUCGGUGGCAGAUACGACCCCUCGCUGACCUUCUCUGAGAACGUGGACCUGACAGAGCCGAUCGUGUCACGUUUUGACAUCCUGUGUGUCGUCCGAGACACUGUCGACCCUGUGCAGGAUGAGAUGUUGGCGCGCUUCGUGGUUGGCUCCCACAUCAAACAUCACCCUAGCAACAAGGAGGGGGGCGUGGCCUUAGAGGAAGUGGUCCUGCCCAACACGUCUGACGUGCCGCCGAUUCCCCAGGAGCUCCUGAGGAAGUACAUCAUCUACGCCAAGGAGCGGGUUCAUCCCAAACUGAACCAGAUGGACCAGGACAAGGUGGCUCGCAUCUACAGCGACCUCCGCAAAGAGUCGAUGGCGACAGGCAGCAUCCCCAUCACAGUUCGUCACAUCGAGUCCAUGAUCCGCAUGGCCGAGGCCCACGCCAAGAUGCACCUCAGGGACUACGUGCUUGAGGACGACGUCAACAUGGCCAUCAGGGUGAUGCUGGAGAGCUUCAUCGACACACAGAAGUUCAGCGUCAUGAGGAGCAUGAGGAAGACGUUCGCCCGUUACCUGGCCUUCCGCAGGGACAACAACGAGCUGCUGCUAUUCAUCCUCAAACAGCUGGUGGCCGAGCAGGUCGCCUACCAGAGGAACAGAUACGGCGUUCAGAACGACACCAUUGAGAUCGCAGAGAAAGACCUGCAGGACAAGGCGAGACAGAUCAACAUCCACAACCUGACGUCCUUCUACGACAGCGACCUCUUCCGCUCCAACAAGUUCAGCCAUGACGGGAAGAAGAAACUGAUCCUGCAGCAGUUCUGAGAGCCUUCAGCACCCAUUCCUCCUCUUCCUCCUCCUCUCCUUAUUAUAGUGCUUCAUGAACUCGAUUUCACGGCCCAAAAUGGGUCAUGGGGAAAAAAGUACUUGGGUUUCCAUCAUGUCUGGAUUCCAUCUUUAGAUCCCAACUGAAGGACUCUUUUGUAUGGGAUAGUUUUGGUGGAGGAAGCAGCCAGUCGAAGGUUGAGUUGACUUAAUUUGAAUCUUAAAGUAGCAGUAAAAGAGGUGGAUGUGUGUGCUUCACAAAGUGGUGAAAGUUCCACUGAUCGCGCAGCGGCAUUGUUUGAGUAUCUGGUGACUGGCAGUGAAGGUUUUACAGUGAUGUAUGUUCUUGCGCUGCGUCACCACACGACAUGAAGAGUUUGGUUCCAGAAUAAGAGCAAACCUUAAUGAAAGUUAUUUAACUGCAUAAAAAUCAAAUAACAGAAUCUAGCUCUUCAGGUGUUCAGGUCGUUCCACUCUGCUGUUCCUCCUGUGUUCUCCGCCUCUUCCUGUCUCUAUCCGCCCUCAGGUGGGGCUGAUUGUAAAUAAAUGUACAUGUUUAUGUCCGUGCUGUCGAAGAAACAGGAUUUAUUGUCUCACAUAAAUUUGUUAGAUCCCUCUCUGUUACGAGCUGAUGUUAAGAUGGACAUUUUACAGAUUCACUGUCUCUAGAUUUUUGCAUUUCAAGCUCUUUCUGCUCGGUGUGUUCUGAGGUUUGCGUUCAUGUGAAGUGAACGUCGCGGGAAUUUAAACCUCCACAACUUGAUAAAAGUGCAGAUUUGGAUGGAAUUUGUUAAAAAAAAAAAAAAAGUGUUUAAAACAAAAGUUGGAUUGUAGGUGUGUUUUGAUAAUAAACUUGUAUUUGUUA